CACACACACACACACACACACACGCCUCCCUGCCUCUGCCUAAGCCUUCCUGCUCUCUGAGCUUUCUGUUGCUUCCCCGCCCAUCUGUGCCGUCAGCAGAGCCAGCAAAGUUGGCUUCAAACUUGAGCGGAGCUGAAGGCUUCAUCCUCCUGGGAGCUCUGCAGGGGCAGCAGCAGGCCCCAGCCUCUGAACUCCCCUGGCUUCCUGAAUCCCCUUCUCACCCUGCCAGAGGCCACCUGGCCCUCUGUCCUGGGCCCGUAGUCUGGGCUGGGGAAUGGUGCACUGAGUUCCCUCUGGAGUCCUUCACCCCAGCCUGGAGCUGGAGCAGCCCGAGGCUCAGGUCAACAUGGCUAACCCCACGCAGCCUCAGUUUUCCCAGGCACAGGAGCUGAGCUCCACCUUACCGCAGAACCUGCCCGAGAUGGAGAAGCUCCUCACCAAGGUGGACAGCAAAGAUGACAAAGCCCUGGAUCUGUCCAAGUCCCUCUCUGGUGCUGUGGACUUGGAGCAGAAUGGCCACAGUCUGCCCUUCAAGGUGAUCUCUGAGGUGCACCGGGAGGCCUCAGUGCCCGGCUCCCCUUCCCGGGCCAGCUCAAGGAGGGCAUCCUCCAUCGCUACCACUUCCUUCGCCCAGGACCAAGAAGCCCCCAAAGAUUACCUCGUUCUUGCCAUCGCCUCUUGUUUCUGCCCAGUUUGGCCCCUCAACCUCAUUCCCCUCAUCUUUUCUAUCAUGUCUCGAAGUAGCAUGCAGCAUGGGGACAUCGAUGGGGCCCGGAGGCUGGGCCGCCUGGCCCGGCUACUCAGCAUCAGCUUCAUCAUCCUGGGGAUCGUCAUCAUCAUUGUGGCUAUCAACUUCUUAGUUCCGAAAUACAAGUAACCAGGAAGCCAUGCUAGCAGAGGCAGAUGCUGGCCAGCUGGAGAGCUCUGAACCCACAUAUCCUACACACCAUGGGAGGACAGAAUGGCGACUGCCGAGUGCCCAUCUGUCCCCCAGCUCUAAAAGCACAAACUUGAAGGGCAACUCCCAAGUUACCCACUGUCAGCCCACACUUUCUGGCGGAAGGAAGUAAGGCAAGAAGGAAAGAAAGAAAUAUGUGGUGGAACCAAUGAAUGAUGUAGGUUAAUCUCAUGGAUAUGUCCUGACAUUUUGACCCCGAUGUUCUGGCUUGUUUCUCAUCCCUACAAUUUCCUGGACCUACCAAACAGCAUGAACUGUCAGAAUGAGAACCAGCCCCACAAACAAGUCCAUUAUGGUAGGAGAAAAAACAUCACUGGACCUUCGUGUCUGUGGACUAGGAGCAAAGACGUGGGACUUCAUCUUUUGUAUUUUUCUUGAGGGUGAGAAAACAGACCAUUUGCAUGCUUUAUGUCACAUGCCUGCUGUGAUCCCAACCUGAGCUUCAAGGCAAGGCUGCCACUCAGCACAUGCCCUAGAUACCCUCAGGCACACGGGUGAUACAGCUGCCCUGGGAAGAGGGAGCAGCCUCGGGUACUUUCUCUAUUGCAAGGUGGAGGCACUUAGAGGAAUGUUGGUGAAGAUAGAGGCAGGGAUAGCAUGAUACUCUUCCCAAACUUUUCAGCCUCAGAGCCCCUAUGCUGAAGACUCUGGUCCCCUUGUGUCUCCCAGGACCACUUAGUCUGCCUCUUGGUCUUCACCUGUGCUGCAGCCUGGGGCACUAACUCCCAAGACCCGACCCAACCCAGGCCAGUCAGUAGGGAAAAGGGUCUGAGCUCUUUCUUGUUCUGUCCUGAUCUCCUUGAAGGACAAAUGGGCACAAGCUCAGGAAUCUCCUGCAGGGUGGCUCAGGGGUCCCCAUGAAGAGUGGUUCUGGUUGGGCAUGGCUUCAGGCUCCCAGCCCAGACUCAUCAAAUGCUCUGUGCUUAGCCUUGUGUCCCUGGCAGUCAUCAUUCAGCCAAGGCUUUCCCUGAAGGUGGCUUUGGGGCCACACUUAGGGGGACUUCCUGUGGGUCCUCAGGCUGUUAUGGGUGUUUGCCAUGCCCAAGAGGGUGUGGGCCAGGGUAUUUUUAUGCGGGUUUGUUGUUUCUUGGCUCUUGAGUCCCACGACAGAGGGAAGAGCAUAGCUGAAGGGUACCAUCUUUGGAGAGCAGGAAGCCCACGUUUGGGAAAACAUUUGCAUGUUGGAUGCACAGGGCUGGACAUCUACAAGUUGCUGAGCAGGGCCCUCUGCCUCCUGCCUGAUUUUACAUCUUUGAUUCUCCCCAACAUUCUCCCUCGAAAGGCUUUACCCACAGGGUACUCCUGAGAAUGACCCUAGCUUCAGGUCAGAGAUGUUCUAGGCUUCCCUGAUUUGUAUCCAGAGUGACCGCUCUCAGUGGGGGACAGGUUCCCAGCCUCAGAUACAGUGCCCUGAGGUUGGCAAGGUUUAUCUCCCCUGUACCUUAUCAGGACCCUUGUCUUGAGACAGUGGUAGCUCUGAGCCUUCCAGACAGGGUCCAGGUGCCUGCUGGGAGAGGAGGGGCACUGAGUGGACCUCUUUGGGAUUGGUGUCCCUAUGUCAUUACCCAGUGAAGUAGGAAUAAACUUCAGCCUCUUCGGCUCCUAAAGCAGGGACUAGUUUGGGUUUGCUGUAUGGGAUCUUUGAAGCCCAAACAGAGAUAUCCCCAUUUUCUGGGAGGGUAGGGAGUAUGGGAGCCCAGGGUAUGUUUGUCACUUGGAGGUCAGCUCAGGCCAGGGCAGACAUCAGGUCUAUGGGACCAGCUUCUCCCAGGCCUUUGGUCAGGCACCAGUGGUCUCCUGUUGGGCCUUGUCCCAGCUUUAGCAACCCUGGAGGAGAAGGAAAGGAGUCUUGUGGUUUAGGGGCAGUCACAUGGUGAAACCAAGGCAGAAGCGGUCUCUGUGGCCUCUGUGCUCUUGGAGUGCCACUCACAUCCAGUCCUCCUGGCCUAUAAUCACACUGGCACAUCAGGCCCCCUGUGCAUGCCCUUUCACACAUAUACACACUCUUCCACACUCCAAGCCCAGAACAGUCAAGGGCCAUGCUCAGGUGAAGACACCAGCAGACAGCGCUAGGAGAAGCUCCGCUGGAUCCCUUUCCUGUUCCAGCACAAACAACACUAGAGUUCCCUAGUGGUGCCAGGGACACAGCUCAGAAGACCCCAGAGGCCGGUGCUGGGCAGAGGGGAGCUCAAAGCAGGAAGACAGCAGUGUCCUGAAUGACAGAAAAUGGAGGGAAGGUCCCUGCUGCCCCGAGUCAUGGGCAGCUUGGCAUCUCCAGGCUGAAGCUAGGAGGGACAGUGGCCCUGUUGUCCUGGUUCUGUCUUACAUCCAACCACCUGGCAUGUGAACACAAAGGUUCCCUGGCUGGAGGCACAGACACACACUCUCUCUGGGCCCCCUAAAGAGCAGCAAAAACUACCCGCUCCCUACUGCCAUUACCACAUGCACCAGUGAUUCUGUAUUUCUUGGCAUGGAGAGAAAUAAAGGUGAAUG